AUGCCCAACGCACUCGCCGAGAUUGGAGCGGUGUUCGGCAUCGCGGUCCGCCUCCCCUCGCUCGUCGUCGCAGGCAUGGCUUUCGACCUCCUCGAGGGAACGCUUCCUUUCCUCGACGCUUGCAUCGCUCUCGCUCCGCUCGCUUCGCUACCAGAACCGUCGCUAGAGUACAACCCGGUCCUUCGCCUACCGCCAGAAAUAUGGGCAAUCAUCCGGACGCACGCAAUCCGCUCGGCUCUCACCGACUCCGAAACGGUGUUCGCUGAGGCCUACGUCGGAGAGGGCCGAUGGUGCACCUGCAUCAAGUAUAGCGGGGUCGAAAUGCCGAGACGGAUAGACGAUAUCGCCAAGUUCAUGGAGGAAGUUGGCUGCGACUGCGGCGAGCAGGACACGGUUCGCAAGGAUGCGGUGCACUCGCUGAUGGACGGCUUGUCGAGAGACAAUACUGCCCGCAAACUUGUCAGCUACUUCUCCCUCGACUGCGAACGCGACAUAGUCUUCAACCCAGAUCGUUUGGCAGAAUCGAACCAGCGCGAUCUCGAGACGGCAGUACUGUUGACGGUACCGCUCAAGAAAGCCUCGACGUACAGCAUGGCGGCCCCUACAAACGCUUUCAGCGCAUCAUUGCGGAUUUUCAUCUCCAGCCAGUGGACGUCAGGCAUCGCCAAAUACAUUGGGAGGAACCUCAAGUCGGGCAAGCGGAGCAAGACGGCGACCCGCCAGACGGUCUCGCACUCGAGCGGCGGCUUUGGGACCGUCGGAAGCAUCUUGAGCGCUUUCGGGACGUGA